AGAAUCCUAGAGGAUACCGUUCCAUCCAAGGAGGAGCACCAGCCCGAGGUGCCAUCGCUUCCCAAGGUGGAGCUGCCACCGUUCCCAGAAGUGCACAUGCCACCUAAGCCUGAGCUGCCCAAGGUGGAGCUUCCGCCGGUCCCUGAGGUGCACCUGCUACCCAAGCCGGAGCUGCCCAAGGUGGAGCUGCCGCCUGUCCCGGAGGUGCACAUGCCACCCAAGUCGGAGUUGCCCAAGGUGGAGCUGCCGCCGAAGCCCGAGAUGCCCAAGGUGGAGCUUCCACCAAAGCCCGAGAUGCCCACUGUUCCCGUGUUCCACUUCCCAAAGCCGGAGAUGCCGAAGGUGGAGUUGCCGCCGAUGCCUGAGAUGCCCACUGUUCCUGGGAUCCACUUCUUGGAGCCGGAUGCCAAGCCAUGAGAACCGCCCUUACCAACAUUGUUAUUUCGUUCUUUCUUGCUCGUACUUGUACCUGUUGUUGUGUUGUGUCGAUGAUCUGAUUGCUUAGUUGUGGUUUUCAGCAAGUGUUGUGACUGAUCUGCUUAUAUAUUGGUAUAUACGAGAAAUAUGCUUUCGCACCCUUUUGUCA